CUUUUAUUAUGAAAUACGUGAUGAAAUCUUUCAACAGGAAAAUCCUGUCACCGGCAUACACGUUUCUCUGCUACCACUGAAGCAGCAGACAUCAUGGGAGAGCAGAGUCCUCAUGAGAAGUUCAAGCUCAUCACCAGGAACCUUCAGGAGGUUCUUGGUGAGGAGAGGUUGAAGGAGAUCCUGAAGGAGAGGGAACUGAAGAUCUACUGGGGAACAGCAACCACCGGCAAACCCCAUGUGGCCUACUUUGUCCCCAUGUCAAAGAUCGCUGACUUCCUGAAGGCCGGCUGCGAGGUGACCAUCCUCUUUGCCGAUCUCCAUGCCUAUCUGGACAACAUGAAGGCUCCCUGGGAGCUGCUGGAGCUCAGGGUGCAGUAUUAUGAGCAGGUCAUUAAGGCCAUGUUGGAAAGCAUUGGAGUUCCCCUUGACAAACUCAAAUUUGUCAAAGGCACAAAUUUUCAGCUCAGCAGAGAGUACACUCUGGAUGUUUACCGACUGUCAUCCAUGGUCACUGAACAUGAUGCCAAGAAAGCAGGUGCUGAGGUGGUCAAACAGGUUGAGCAUCCUCUUCUGAGUGGCCUGCUGUAUCCUGGACUACAGGCACUGGAUGAGGAAUACUUAAAAGUAGAUGCUCAGUUCGGUGGUGUGGACCAAAGAAAGAUCUUCACAUUAGCAGAGAAGUAUCUGCCCUCUCUUGGGUACACCAAACGUAUCCACAUGAUGAACCCAAUGGUGCCUGGACUGACGGGGGGCAAGAUGAGCUCCUCUGAGGAGGAAUCCAAGAUUGACCUGCUGGAUAAGAACCAAGAGGUGAAGAAGAAGUUAAAGAAAGCCUUCUGUGAGCCUGGAAAUGUGGAGAAUAAUGGUGUUCUGUCCUUUGUCAAACAUGUGCUUUUCCCUCUGCACUCAGAGUUUGUGAUCAAAAGAGAUCCAAAGUGGGGAGGCAACAAAGUCUACACAGACUAUGAGGAAGUUGAGAAGGACUUUGCUGCAGAGCAAAUCCAUCCUGGUGACUUGAAGGCUUCAGUAGAGUUGGCUCUUAACAAACUGUUGGACCCCAUCAGAAAGAAGUUUGAGACCCCAGAGUUGAAGAAACUGACAGCAUCAGCUUACCCAGAUCCCUCCAAAAACAAAGGAGGAGUGAAGGGAAACCCUAAACAAACCGUAGAUGAAGAGGAGGUCAUCCCAUCUAGAUUGGACAUCAGAGUUGGCAAAAUCAUCAGUGUAGAAAAGCAUCCAGAUGCAGACUCACUGUAUUUAGAGAAGAUUGAUGUGGGUGAGGAACAGCCACGGACUGUAGUGAGUGGACUGGUGGCCUACCUCUCGCAGGAGCAGCUUCAGGAUCGUCUUGUUGUGUUGUUAUGCAACCUAAAGCCCCAGAAGAUGAGGGGGAUUGAAUCUCAAGCCAUGCUGCUCUGUGCUUCAAUUGAGGGAGAGCCCAGGAAAGUGGAGCCUUUGGAUCCACCAGAAGGAUCAGCACCUGGAGACCGUGUUUAUGUAGAAGGAUAUGAAUCAGGCAAACCAGAUGAUGAAUUGAAACCAAAGAAAAAGGUUUUUGAAAAGUUGCAGGUGGAUCUGAAGAUCUCAGGCGAGUGUGUUGCACAAUGGAAAGUGCAAAAUCUGAUGACCAAACUAGGACAGAUCACCUGUAAAACACUGAAGGGUGGAAAUAUUAGCUAGUUGUAUUCACCAUUUCUUUCAAAAUCCUCAAAGCUAGAGUUUCCAUGAUAGCCCCCUAUCCCUGUGUCUAAUUGGCUUAUAAUGCCAUUAUUUAAUUUCAGUUGUCCCAUUCAGCCAUAUCAACCUGUGAAUAAUCUAAUAGCACAUGAUUACUGCAACAAAAUACAUAUGGGUAUCGUCUGUGCUUUACAUUGCAUGUAUUGCCAUCCAGGAUGUUUUACACAAAGUACUGCAGUAAAUAAUGUCAUGCUCAUUUGUUUGAAUGACAAAUGAAAACUCUUGGAGGAGUUCAUCAGUUAUCCUUAAACUCAGGUCCUCCUGUUAUGCCAUGUCUGGAACUAGAGCAUUGCUUACAAUGAUCAUUCUCCAGUCUGACAAUGUUCAAAGUUUUUAAUCAUCCGUGGAAACGGUUCAGACAUGGACAGUCCAUGUACUCCAUAAACUGUUGUGGAUACAUAUUUUAGCAUUAGUUAGGUUACUUCACAGAGAAACAUAUGGAAAUAUGGAAUUUCAUCUAAUAAAAUAUUCAGAUCUCAUCUGAUGUUAGUCAAAUUCAUUGAAAUAAACAACAAUGAUUCAUAACCAUUUCCUAUAUGUCUUGAUGGAAAUGCUUUUGAAAGUACCUUUACGGUUUGAUCUGCUGAAAAGAGAUAUUUAAAUAUACGAACCUGACAAAUGUUUGGGAGCCUAUUUUAAAACCUCACCAUAUGAGCAAUAAAAUGUAAUGCUUGAUUAAAGAUUAUGGAAACUAUAA